UUUUGAAAAAGUGGCCAAAAAGUAGAACUCCAAACUUUAAGCCUCUUUUCUCAAUCUUGUUGCAUUUUGUUCCGACCAAAAUAUGAAUUCCAUUGGUUGGUUAACCCUUUUGUGCUGCUCAACAAUUGUGAGCUGCAUUGACCAACCCCAAAACAUAUUCAUAUUGGCAGGACAAAGCAACAUGGUCGGACGAGGCGGCCUUAUAAACGGCGUGUUGGACCCACAUGUCCCUGCAGAGUGCCAGCCCAGUCCGAAGAUCUUAAGGCUCAACGUCAAGCUUGCGUGGGAGGUGGCCCACGACCCUCUCCACAUGGGCAUUGACCCUAAGGUCGUUGGCAUUGGGCCAGGGAUGUCCUUUGCCAACACAAUGCUGGCAAAGGACCCCACCAUCGGAGUGAUUGGUUUGAUCCCAUGCGCAAUUGGAGGAACCAAAAUAGACGAGUGGGCGAAAGGGAUGAAGUUGUACAACGACAUGAUCGAUCGGUCCAAGGCCGCCAUCAAGGACGGAGGGGCUCUCCGGGCUCUCCUAUGGUACCAAGGCGAAUCCGACACGAAGUUUUUGCAAGAUACUGAGUCUUACAAGGCCAAAUUUGAAAAGUUUAUUGCUGACGUGCGUGCCGAUUUGCAGAUGCCUACAUUGCCUGUGGUUCAGGUGUUAAUAACAUCUGGUGAUGGUUUCGUGGAGGAAUGGAGAGCAAAUCAGCAAGCGAUCAAAGUUGCCAACUUGAAGCAAGUGGAUGCGAAGGGGCUUGAGCUCUUAACCGACAACGUGCAUCUCUCGACCGCGGGGGAGGUCAAGCUUGGCCAGAUGUUGGCCGACGCCUUCCUCCAAUUUUAGUCUAUCGGACCGCCUCGUCCAUGGAUGGUUUGGAAAUAUGUAAAUAAUUGAACGUGAUGCACAUAAUGUAUACGUUGAAUUUUUGCAAUAAUAAAACCUGCUUUUUUACAAA